AUGGUGCAGAGGGGGUCCGGACGCAUGAAUGGACGCGAGUUCAUGGAGAGCGUGUCCCAGCUUUACGACCACUACUGCACACAGAUCAAGAACGAUGCGGAGUCGCUCCAAUGCGGCGUGGACUGGACCCGCGCCUUCAAGACCCACGAGGACCCGCUCUACCGUUCGUUCGUGCACUGGCAGGGGAAGAUCGCGAGCUGCACGCGUCCGGUCAUCUACGACGUCGAGAAGGCCGCGCCGUGCCCUCCCCACGAGCGGCUCAACGAAGAGCAACCGGUGACCUCCGAAUACCUGGCGGAGAUGAGGGGCUGCGAUAUGGCGGGGCUGCAGGUGCGCUGCGCCAUCGCGGGACAACUCAAGAGCACCGUGUCCGUCGAGGUUCAGCUACCGAGCGACCCCAAGGCCAAUUCCGAUUAUUUCUACAUCAGUGCAGAGGGCGCGGAUACUGAGCACGCAGAGUCUAUCGUCGAUCUGGUCUGCGCCGGCAAAGAACGGGUCUUGGCCAGCCCGCACGCCUUCUCCUACUUCACCUGCGACGCGCAAGUGCUCUCCUUGGCCGGCGACGAUUGCAUCGUGGCGUUGAUGGACAGCUACUACUUCCCCCUGGCUGGCGAUGGCCGGGCGUCGCAGGAGUGGAAGGCCGACGCGCUGCACGUCAUCGAGCAGCUGCGCAACAAGGAAUGCAUCAACAACGCCUGGCAGUGCCGGCUGGCCACGGCACUCAACGCCCAGAACAGGUGGUUCAUCACCGGAUACGCGGGCACUGGCGUCACCCUGCCCUGGGCGCCCGAGUACGCAGCCCCCCAUCCACCCACCUAG